ACAGACAAAAAAAAAAAAAAACAGGAACAGAAUGUAUACUUAUUUGGAAAAAUGGAUCAUGGUUAACAACAGCAAAUGUGAAUGCCCUUUCCUCCCUGCCCUCCCAUGGAAGUCUACUCCUCUCCAAGCCACCCUUUGAAGAAGCGUCCUGGGUGUCUCCCCUUCUGGGGGGUGGGGGGCUCGGCCAGAGGGCUCUAGGCAGGUCCGGCACAGUGGACUGGCUUUGCCUGGGUCCUGCCCAGCAGAGAUCAUGUAUCGCCUCCUGGGGCUGCGGCCCGUCCUCAAGGGGCCCAGACCUCACAAUACCGCCCUGCGGUUGCCACCGGACGGCCAUGGGCUCCGUGCUGUGCCCCCGCGGAAUAAGAAAAGGAUUCUGCAUAUGGUCUCUUUCACAGCAGGUGCUUGGUGUAAAGUAGCGGCGCACCGCCGGCGGCAGAUCGCAGGCAAUAGUUCCUCUCAAGCUCCGUGAAGCCACUGCAGCCAUCUCCGAAUAUUUUGGUUUAAGAUGGCAGCUCAGAAUGAGCUUGGCUUUUUCAAAUAAUCCAGUGUCAAAAUCUGCCAACUUCUUCGAAAGUCAAAAUAGUAAAAAAAAAAAAAAAAAAAAGAAAAGAAAAGAAAAAGAAAAAAAAAAAUCACCCUUCUACUUCAUCCAACAUGACCACUUGUCCAAGUACACUUGCGAUCUCCAUCUGCCGCCGGCACUGUAUAGAACUUGCCCUCCAUGCGAUUUUAAUCAAAAUUAAUUUUCUGUCCAUAUUGGGGCAAGUGCCAGUUGGCGCCUGUGCCAGACAGUCGCUGGAGAGAAGUGCGCUUGAGCGGCGGGCCACUGGUACGCCAGGGCCCCGCUCGCAGACCGCGAUCCGGUCUUCCUGCCGCGCCUGCUAUCUGAACCGCAGCAGCCACUACCCUCCCACGGCUGUAGCAAAACCCCGCUCCAAACUCCAGGCGUCCAGCUUAACGGGUACAAAGAACCUCGCGGGCUGAGGAAGACCUACCAGGGCCUGGGGGUAGGGGAGCAGAGGUUGAAGUAACCCGCUCAGCAGAAAACUAUCCCAGAGCACCUUCAGAUUACUACUUUGGAGAGCUCAUCCCAUCCAUUCCGCGCACACAAAGGCGCUAUCCCGCCCACUUCCCAUCCCACAAGGUAGACACCUGGUGACUAUCGCCUUUCUACCUAGGGCUCAGCGUCCUGGCUCGGCUCCCAACAACUGCCUCGGCUGCAGAUCUAGCAACCGUAAGAAGCGGGAUGUGAGGAAUCCCCAAAAGGUUCCGUGCGCAGGGACUUUUGCAAAGCUGAGGACGUGGGCUUCUAACACAUUGAGUAUUAGAAAAAGAAUACUGAGCAAGGGACCUGUGAAGCCAAGGCUUCUAGAAGGGGCACCUGUUUUUGCUCCGCGGGGGAGACGAUCCCUAACUUAGGUCCCCCUGAUUUUCCACCCAAGCCCAAGGUGCGAUAUGGCGCAGGAUCGGACACUGGGCUCGAAUCUGCAGGCUUCGGGUCAGAAAGAGGGGUUCCGCUAACAAGAGGUGCGUGCCUCUACUUUCACCCUAUGCGCUAACUCGGAGUUACAUUUCCCCUCCAUUUUAAAUUAAAAUUCAAAGAGCGGGCAGCGCGGAAUCUUCUGGAAAGGGGCAAAGAUGAACUCAGGAGGCGGGGGUCGAUGUGGAAAGAGCAGAUGGAUUAUUUUUUUUUUCCUCUUCUGACGAAUGAGAAGCGCCCCCAGCUACCCCACCUCACGGACCCCCGCCCAAGCGCGCAUGCGCACUUGGGCAGCGGGCAGAUAUUUAAGGCGCAGCCACCUCGGUUGCAGCAGUGCGCCCAACAGCGGACUCCGAGAGGCCAGCGGACCUCGGAACCGGCAGCACUCGCUCUCAACCACCUACCCACCAGUCUCGGAACCAUGGCGGCAGUGGCGGCAGCGUCGGCUGAAUUGCUCAUCAUCGGCUGGUACAUUUUCCGCGUGCUGCUGCAGGUGUUCCUGGAAUGCUGCAUUUACUGGGUAGGAUUCGCUUUUCGAAAUCCUCCAGGGACACAGCCCAUUGCGAGAAGUGAGGUGUUCAGGUACUCCCUGCAGAAGCUGGCAUACACGGUGUCGAGAACCGGACGGCACGUGCUGGGAGAGCGCCGCCAGCGGGCCCCCAACUGAGGCCCCAGCCCCCGCCCCUGGGCGGCCGUGUCCCCAGGUGCCCCUGUGCCAUCCCACCCGCACGGGAGCCAGCGCCGCGCAGGAAUGGGGCGUCCCCUGUGCCCUCUCGCCAGAGGAGCACUUGCCAAGGUCAGUGAGGGGCUGGUAGGCCCCCGGAGAAGCAGCACCAACAAUGACGACAACACGAGGUCCCUUCCCCACCCCUUUGCACCCCUCCCACUGCGGGUGGCAUAGAGGGAGGACGGGGGCACAGGGGGAGCAGACUCCUGAGAUCUGGGCACAGGCAACGCAUUCAGAUCUGGACCAAGUCGGGACAGCGCCAUCCCAGCCCCGCAGCCAUGGCCAUGCCAGCAGGCCGCACCACAGAGAUCCAGACCACCACACCAGCCAGCAGAAUGGACAUUCCAACAUCACCAGCUGAAGCCCUGAAUCUCGGUGCAGCAGACAAGCGACAACUACGUGCCUCUGUGGCAGGACUGGAGGGCAGAGGGUGAGGGAGGAGGGUUAAGAGACAGAGCAGGGCCCUCACUGUCCUUUGCCUACGGCACGUGCAUUCCAGCCUUGCUGCCUUUGCUCCCUCGAUUCCCCUUUCUUCCUCACUGCCACCCCAAAGAAAUGUGUCACUCAAUUUGGACCUACUGAACAAGAAAAAGAAUCCCAUCUUUACAAAAACACCUUCUCCAAGCCCCCAGCCCCUCACUGAUCUUGGUCCCCCAGGUCUCAUGCAAUUGUGCUCAAUAUUGUGGUAAUUGCUAAUUGUAAUGAUUGUAUAAUUGUGCAUUAGUUGUGUCUCCCCGGCUAGAUUGUAAGCUCCUGGAGGACAGGGACCGCCUCUACAAAAAAUAAAAAAGUACCUCCCCCGUCUCGCAGUGUCCCAGGACCCUGCGGGGCGGUGGAGGCGCACCAAAAA